UCCGGUGCUGAAGCUGCUCUUGCUGUGAGCUCUGACCCGGAGGAGGAGCGGGAGGAUGGAGUCCAAAGCCCCGUACGGAGCCGCUAAAGCUGGGAACGGAAGCUUCGAUCCAUACGCCUUCUUCACGCACCCGCGGACCGUGCUAAGGAUCCUGUCAUGGGUUUUCUCCAUCGUGGUGUUCAGCUGCAUCGUCAAUGAGGGCUACAUCAACAUCGGCAGUGAGCGGUUGCUAUGCGUGUUUAACAACAACGCGGACGCCUGUAACUAUGGCAUGACAGUGGGCGUGGCCUGUUUCCUGGGCAGCAUCUGCUUCCUCAUCCUGGACGUUUACUUCCCCUCCAUGAGCAACGUGAGGGACCGGCGCCGCGCUGUCCUGCUAGACCUCGGUUUCUCUGGUGUGGCUUGUUUCCUGUGGUUCGUUGGCUUCUGUUUUCUGGCCAAUCAGUGGCAGAUGACCUCCCCAGACGAGCUCCCAUUGGCCCAGGGAUCAGACGCGGCCCGGGCCAUCAUCGCUUUCUGCUUCUUCUCCACCCUCUCAUGGGCUGUACUGACCCUGAGUGCCCUGCGCCGGUACCUCGCGGGCAGCCAGGCCAACCUGUUCACAUGGCAACAUCUGGAGCCCACCCCCAGCAACGUCCGCGCCACACCGUACCCCAUCGCCAAUGGUGCUACCAUAGUAACCACCAACCCUUACCAAGCCCCGCCCUUCACCGAGACCCUGGACCCCAAGAGACUGACCCAGCAGAGACCCAUGGCCCCUGCCUUUUAGACUCACAGACAGCGCCGAUGUUUUCAUGCUUUUGGGCGGGGUUCGGGUCGUCGUCACCGUGGCAACCGCCGGCUCCACUUCGUUAGUUGUGUCACGUGUGGAGAUUGUCCUGUCACGAACACAGACACUGGCGCUCACAGCUGUUAGCAUUCUGUCUGUAAUGUCCGUACAAUGUCUUAGCUUGAGCGAGGCUAGGAUACAAUACAAAUGACAAAAGACAACAUUUCACUGUAGAAUGUACUUCAAUAUUAAGCGCCUAAACAACAUGCAUAUGCAACAACACAUAACAUAUGCAAGAGAUACAAGUGCCAUACCCAAAGGUAUUCACAGCCCCACUAGUCUGCAAUAAAAGUAAGCAUUGCCCAUUCUGGAGUCUCUUUCCCUAUACUCCAUAUAACCAUCUUACUACUACACCAUGCACAAAAAUGUACACCAACCAGUAUUGAAGUAUUACGAUGUCAUUGUACUGCAUUUAUAAUUACACA